GGUGGGUUUCUAAUUGGCUCUGAUCAAUCUAAUUUCAUCUUUGCUUUAAAAAUCACUUUUAUACUUUAAAACUCUAUUUAAAUCAUAUAUAAUAUUAUUUUACAUGCAUAUUUGAUUAUUUCUGCAUUUUCACUUAAUUUAAUCCAUUUUCUGUGAAUCGAUGCACUUGAAGCAUGUGCUAAUUGUGUUGCACUUGACCUCCAUUUAACAGAAAAGACAAGGGCGAAAACACACUGUAAUAGACUUGUGUUAUGUUUAACAGUAAAUGAAGAACCGUCAACUGAUGUCCGACUGGUUACUGAGAAAAAAAAACACAACGCAGAUUACACCGGUCACACAUGGUGCCCGUGACCAUUUCGGAUCUUCAGAUCAGCGCUUCGCAGAUCGCCGUGGUUGCAUGACGGCUCGCCGGCUUCGCCGAUCUUCUCUCCCGGUCUUCUUCAUCGCCAUCGCUCGCAGCGGCUCCGUGCUCGCGGAUAAAGAGCGCACCUGUGUGAGAUGAACAGCGUUUGACAUCUCGUCUUAAAGGAACGGUAACUUAAAGAGUUUCAUCCACGACUUUCCUCUCCGGGAAUCUUUUUUUUUCUUCUUCGUUGAUGUGUGUUAAUCGAGAGAGACUGUGAUAAGGACCUCGUGGUGAUUCAUUGGCAUUUGAGCAUCGUAUCCUUUAUCUGAAAAUAUAAUUAUUGUCAGUUGAUGCGUUUUAAAUGUGGAACUCUGUCUGACGGACUCAAGAGUAAGAAUAUAUUUUACAUCCAUCAAGAAAAGUCUAUCUUUACUCUUUGAACUGUGUUCAUACUGACAAUUAACUGCAUUGAUUUCUGAUUUCCAGGAUCUUGUAUGAAAAAUUGGUUUUGCUGUUAAAAGCAUAUUAAUUUUUUUUUGUAAUUUAGUGCUUUCAUUUUGAUUCGAGGCAUGUUUGAGGAUAUUGAUAAGGAAGAUUUCAGCCCUGCUAAACAAUCUAAUUUAACUUUUCCUAUGGGCAGGGGUGGUGGGCCUGAAAUUUAUCACAACAGGAGGAUGUCUGAAGUUACAUCUCGUUAUUAUGGGAGAGGGAGAGCGUUGGCUAAUGUGGGUCUGGAUUAUAUGCACACAGUUGAUUCUGCAAUCGGCGCUUCUGUAGGCCCAACAGCUAGCUCCACCCCAAUUACACGCUCAGAUACUGAACGUGUAAUUUCUUCAGAGGAAUUAGGAAGCAUAAUUUCAGAUUUGGCUCACAAAAUAGGGGAAAGUAUUUCAGCCAGCCUUAAUAUUGCGCACCAGCCCAGCCCAGUACAGCCUAAUCUUCCUUGCCAGUCUCAGCACCCCAGUGAGUGCGUUGAUGUAUCUAGUCUGAAGGUGAUAGUUCAGCAAGAUUCAGCACCUCCACCAUUCUUCAGGGGUGAUAAGAGUGAUUCAUUUACUGUCCAUGAAUGGGAGGAUAUGAUGUGCAGUUAUUUAACCAGAAUGAAAUGCAAACCGCAAACUGAUGUUUCUGAUCUCAUCAUGAGCAUACUGGCUGGAAAAGCGAGAGAUGUUGUGAAGGUGUCCCUACGAAGCCGCCCUGAACUGAAUGCCAGUGAACUUCCAAGUGCGGUGUUUGAUAUACUGAAACGCAACUUCAGUGAGUUGGCUUACUCAAAUAUGCCUAUGGCUGACUUUUAUAAUACUGUCCCAAGAGCAGAUGAAAGUCCCAUGGAUUACUGGAUACGUCUUAACAAGGCCAUCGAUGUUGCUGAUGAGUGCUUGCGCAGGCGUAAUAAGAGUGUUGAGGAUCCCGCUGCAGAAGCUGUCAUGAUGUUUAUUUCACAUUGUCCAGACCCAAGUCUUGCUAUGUCUUUUCAGUUUAAACCAGCUGAGAAGUGGAGUGCCGCUGAGGUACAGGAGCGGUUGGAUAGUCAUCAGAGGGAUUCAAGGAGAUUUUCGUCAAGGACACAGCACACCAUGUCUUUGUCAACUUGCAACCAGUGCACGGUUACAGCACGUCACAAUUCUGCGUCCAGUUCUCUUCAGCAGCCUGCUUCUUUGCCAGCCCAGUCUCUGCCUGCUGUGAGUCAUCUUAAUCCUAAUGCUGUUCCAUUCUCUCCAGACACAGGUCUCCAACAUAUGGUUGGCAUGAUGGAUAGAGUCCUGUCAUUGUGCACUGCCUCUUUAACUUCACCCAGUCAGGCUCAAGCAGACAAAACUUCAGGCUUCAAGACCAACUUAGUUUCUGCAUGUAGGGUCUGUAAAUCCAAGGAGCACACUACGUACUCACACUGUAGACGUCACAGGCUUUGUCGUCACUGUCUUAGUCCUGGCCACUUUAAGAGUGACUGUCCCAAAGCAGCAUGCCCAGCAACAUCCUCGGAUACUGCUCAGUUAAACUGAGUAGCCCAUGUGAUGAGAGGGGUAACAUGGGCAAUUGUAAUAAAAUCUCCCUCACAGAAGUAGCAGAUGUGCAAAAUGUUUUCAUGAACAGCUGCGAGUCAUUGCCAGAAGACAAAACUGUAUUAUAUGUGGGGUCUCAGAGAGUUGAUGGGGCGAGUGAGUUGUUUUAUGCUCCUGUGAUAGUUUGUGGCCAAUACACAUUAAAGGGGUUACUGGAUUCUGGUAGUAUGUCCUGCACGCUUAGUGAAGAGGGUGAGUCCAAGCUGCAAGCUGAUGGUAUUCUUUCACAUCCUCAAGCAAUUCCAAGUAAUGUGGUUCUGGUUGGCUGUGGUGGCCUUACAAUUCAGCCAAAGUGUAUGUACGACUUGGAGAUUGAAGUUUAUGGAUUUAAGUUUGUUGUUCCAACUCUUGUAGUGCCUGGACAAAGAGACGAGUUCAUAAUUGGAAGCAACGUGAUCAAAUGCAUUCUACAGAAGAUGAAAUCUCAUGACAAGUACUGGGAACUUGUUUCCUGCUGUAACGGUAAUCCUGAGUGUGAGCAUUUCCUAGAGCUUUUGA